AUGAAUCGCCAACGAAGAACUAACAAUGGAAACGCCAACAACAACGAUAAUGGAGGUGCAAAUGUGAUGAAUCAACUAGCAGAAACUUUAGCAACAUUGGUUGGAAACCAACAAAAUAGACCUAGAAGCCUAAUAGCUGAGUUUAAGAGAUUGAGUCCUCCAGUUUUUGAGGGAUCCACAAAUCCUUCAGAGGUGGAUAAGUGGUUACAGGAGAUGGAGAAGAUUUUUGAGUUGUUAGGAAGUAAUGAUGAGCAGAAGGUUAGUUUGGCAAGUUACCAACUUCAGGGGAGUGCUUAUGAUUGGUGGCUUAUGGAAAAGAGACGAGUGGAUGGCAACGAGGAAGAGGCAGCCCAACCUUACACUUGGGAAACUUUCACUGAAUCUUUUAAGGAUAAAUAUUUUCCUAGGACAAUUAGAGCUAAGUUGGAGAGAGACUUUAUUAGGUUAGAACAAGGAGAGAAACAAACCGUGUCGGAGUAUGAAGCCGAAUUUGCUCGUCUAGCUAAGUAUGCGCCAGCUCUAGUUGUGGACGAAGUUAGUAGGGCACGUAGGUUUGAGGAGGGACGAAGUUAG